UGUUUUCCGCGUUUUUCUGUGUACAAUAAUUGAAAAGAAAUCUCUGAUAAUGAAUAUUUUUAAAGCGCCCGAAGUAUUAGGAAGAUUAUACUCGUCGGUAAAUCUAUCGAAAACACAAAAGAUAUUAAUUAUAUGCUUUACUGGUGGAACGUUACUGCUAGGCAGUUUGGCACAGUUUUUGAAAAGGAGAAGACGACAUCCUUUACCAUCUUCACGUAGAGGUAUCAGAGAUGCUCGACAAAGGUUCAUGAACUCAAAAGCUUCAAAUUUUGAUGCAGUUUCCCAAGUUUCGUGGGCGAGAAGAAGUGAAGCGAGUACUCGGAGUCACAUCAGUGAUAGAGCAUCGCUUGUCUCCUCAAUACCAGGUGGACCAGAUGGAGAUGUCAGACUGACUCCACAACAAUAUGGUGUUCUCGGUUUGGAGGCACUGGAAAAGGCACUUUACUGCUGGGAGGAUGCUCUUACUGCAUUCAGUUCAACAUUGAGUAAUGAUGCUCUCGCAUUACCUUCGAAAGCUGAUGCAGCCUUCACCCACGAUGUCCAGGAACUGCUUGACUUAGGAUACCAAAUACAGAAUAAUGCAGAACUUCUCUUCAUUGAUCAGCAUUCUGUUCUUUUCCGGAAUGAAACUGAUAGUGAAGAAAGCCAGAAAGCCUCGACAGUGGGAACUCGUUUGUCAACGAAUAAAGAAAAACUCGAAGCGGCUUCCUCGCCGGAAUCGUUUGCGUCUGCGAGGGAUGGAGUAGCAGAUUUACGCGAAUUUGAAGAAUUUUCCGAAUUCUUCCCACACUUUGAGAAGCAAAAGUUGUAUCAUGCCGCCUUGAAACAACACGAAGAUAAAGGCAUUCCCUGCCGGCGACUUCAUACCGAGUUGGUGAAAUGUGGUUCCGACGUCGAAUAUUUGGCAAAAGUGCAUUGUUUGAGACAAGCUUACUCCAAACUUUUUAGCUGGCCAGCUGCAGCUGCGUGGAUUGCAGACGUAGGUCGGCAACUUAUAAGUGACUUGAUCAUCUAUGCUGAUAAGGAUCCCAAAGAUUACUUGAUCCACUAUGAACGAAUGCUGCAGUUUUUGCAAGAUCCGAGCAAUCACAGUAUGAUGCAAGAAGAGGUGUCAGCGAGAGGUGUCAUGUGUAUAAACUUUUAUGACGUUCUCAUAGAUUUCAUACUACUGGAUUCAUUCGAGGAAGUAGAAAAACCUCCUUCUUCGAUCAAAGCUAUUCUCCAGAAUCGUUGGAUAUCUGCUAGCUUUCGCGAAACGGCAAUAGGAACUGCCGUAUGGUCGGUUCUGAUGGGCAAGAGACAGAUGCUCAAGUACAACAACGGGUUUUUAGCACAUUUCUACUCAAUUUCAGAACAAGUCUCUCCGGUGCUAGUUUGGGGCUUCCUGGGGCCAGAAGGAAGUCUUCAAUCCACUUGCCAGUAUUUCAGGGAUCAGGUUAUAGAAUUUUUAGUAGACAUUUUCAAUUUUUUCAAAGUCAGAUACACAACUGUCGAUAGUCUCGCGGAAGAUAUACUCAGGGAAAUGAAAGUCAGAGUCGAGAACAUCAAUCAAAGGCUCUCUCUUGAAGGUUGCUAGGAUAGUAUCCAAAUUAGGAUUACAAAAUCGGCGACACUUGAAUUUAUUUAGCUGAUACUCAACAGAA